AUGACAAAUUUACAAACUUCAACCAAUACUUCAACAAAUACUUCAACAAUUGCAAUUGGUUACUAUAAUUCACAAGAAGAUCUUGAUUCUAUAACGACAGUUUCAAAAUCUAGAGAAUUCGGUUAUGAUUUUGUUGUCUUGCCUUUAACAAAUACAAAUUAUAAAAGAUUUUUAUUUGAAAAUGUUAAUCAUAAUAACAAAGAAACUGUUGGACUGGAGAAAUGGAGAAAUGGAAUGCCAUUAACUUUAGAUGAUUUAGUAAUUAAAACAGCCGGGAAAAUUCCAGAAUGGAUAAAUUUAGAUUCAUCUGAUCAAAAUAUUCGAAUAAAUUCUGAAAUAGCUUUAAAACAGCAAUUGUCAUGGGCAAUUCAUUUAGGACUCACAGCAGUUUUAAUACCAUUUCCAUCAGAAUUAUUGUUUAAUUAUGCCAGAUGCUUAAAUUCAAUUUUUAGUGGAUUACUUUAUACUCAAAUUUGGAUUAAGAUCCCAUUGACUAUUGAUGAUAGUAAUGAUAGAAUUGUUACAUGGGAAAGAUGGAAUAAAAUCAGAACACUUUGUGAUCAUCAUUUCAAAUUAAACAUUGCUUUAGAAUUAACAGCAAAUUUACCUGAUGAACAUUUAAUUGAAAAAUGGUAUGCAGAACCACUCAAAGCUGUAAUAUUGCCCAUAAAAAUAUUUUUAAAAAAUGCCAAAGGAUAUCCUGUAUUAAAUCAACAACAAAUCACAAAUGAAGAAUUAUCGAAUUAUCAUGAAUAUUUAAGAUAUUUAAAUCAAUCAUCGACUUACGAGACAUUUGAAAAAGAUCCUAUAAAAUAUCAACUUUAUGAAAAGGCAAUUUAUCACGCAUUGCUUGACCGAGUUCCAUUUGAAUCUGAUGAAGUCACUGUUAUAAUGGUAGUAGGCGCAGGCCGUGGUCCAUUAGUGACGAAAAGUUUGAUUGCUGCAGAAAAGGCAAAAAGAAAAAUUAAAGUUUAUGCGGUUGAAAAAAACCCUAAUGCAUUUGUAGUAUUACAAAAUAAAAAAUUGGAAACUUGGGGUGAUGAAGUAGAAAUUGCUGAUAUAAUGGUGAGUGAAUUGUUAGGUUCAUUUGGCGAUAACGAAUUGUCACCCGAGUGUUUGGAUGGUGCACAAAAAUUCUUAAAAUCUGAUGGUAUAUCGAUACCAUCAUCAUAUACAACUUACAUUGCACCAUUAUCAUCACACAAGCUUUAUAAUGAAGUAGCAUCAUAUAAAGAUUUAGUGCACUUUGAAACACCUUACGUUGUAAUGUUUCAACAAGUUAAUUUAUUAUCCGAUCCGAAAGAAUUAUGGAAUUUUCAUCAUCCAAAUAAAAAUAUAAAAUUUAAUAAUCAUGAUAGUCCAAUCAAUAAUUAUCAUAAUACAAGAUAUACAAAAUUAUCAUUUAAUAUAAGUAGUAAUAGUAUCUUGCAUGGUAUUGCUGGAUAUUUUGAAUCAAUAUUAUACAAGAACAUUGUCAUGAGCAUAAAUCCUUCAACUUAUUCCGAAGGAAUGUUUAGUUGGUUUCCAAUCUUUUUUCCUUUAAAGACACCAAUCUAUUUACCAAAAAAUUCAAAUUUAGAUAUACAUUUCUGGAGAUUGACAAACAAUAAAAAAGUUUGGUACGAAUGGUCAACCGAUUCCCAAUUAUUAUUAAAUAAAAAUGAUAAAGACGAGGAAAAUAAAAUCAAUUUAGACUCUUCGAUCAUUCAUAAUGUCGAGGGAAGAUCAAGUUGGAUUGGAUUAUAA